AUGGUUUACAUAAUAUUUUUCAUUAUGGGCAUCGGAUCAACGCUACCAUGGAAUUUCUUUAGUAAUGCUGAAAAGGCUCUCUUCAUGAACUAUUUGACGCUGGUGGCGCUGCUUCCGAAUGUAUUUUUCCAAUUCCUCAAUCUCAUCAUUACUGAAUUCAUAACCAUAGAAAAGCGAAUUUUGGGUUCUUUGGCUAUGAUAUUUCUCUUAUUCCUAUCUACAUGCAUUCUUACACAGAUCGAUACGGACUCAUCUUUUGUAGCCAUUCUGGUCGGUGGCUUGUUUGGUCUAGCGAGUAAUUUUCCAAAACAAUUUGUACAAGCUUUGAUGUCCGGAAUGGCUAUUGGGGGUCUUUUUGCGUCAGUUGUAUCCCUGAUUGUCACCCUAACUGGGGUACACCCUGUAAAAAGUGGUUUGGGGUAUUUCAUUAUGGCCCUGUUUACACUCGCCUGCUGUAUAACCGCCUAUUUGGUUAUGCCUAAGUUGGCUUUUGCAGUGCGUUACAUACCAUCGAAAUCUGUUCCAAUCAUAACGAGUAAAGGAUCGGAAAAAAAUAUUGAACCGCAAGAAGGCACUUUGGUAACGGUAAUCGGUCGAUCCAGCACCAGCUCGUUGAGAUGGCUGGCCAAAAUACCGAAUAUAUCGAUAACUACGGAACGAGACCGACAGCUCGGUACGCGAAAGAUGAAGACAUUCGCAAGUCGGUAUACCGUCUCGAGUGGAGAUAAGACGUUGCUUUGGUGUUUGACAGCAAUCAUGCAGAAGAUCCGUUUCUAUUCGAUAUCGGCCAUUUUGUUGUUCCUCGUCAGUAUUUCCGUGUUUCCGGCUCUAAUAUCCAACAUCCGCUCCACUACCGGGAACGAAAAGUGGGAUAAGAAUUAUUUCACUCCGAUCUGCUGUUUCAUAUACUACAAUUUUGCCGAUUUCGUUGGUAGAUCCACAGCCGGCUAUCUAAGAUGGACCACGCUACUUCUCAAGGCCCUUGAUUUUGUACGAUUGGGUUCCGGGGUUUCUGACAUUGGUUCUGGGCUGGAGCAAUGGUCAUCUGGCGACAGUAUAGAGCCAAAUUACAUUAACGAAUAUUCAAACAAUGACAAAAGGAAGGCCAGCAACGAUAACCUAUCCGUCGGCUCAAAAUCAUCUAAGAAGUCAUCCAGAAAAAAAAAGUCCGCGGCCACAGAAGAUAACAUCAGCAUAGGUAGUAGCUUCAGCGGCGUCAGUGUCUUUGACAGCGAGGGCGUUCGAGUUGAUGAAAGGCGAAACUCUCAAACGCAGCAAUAUCUUACCCUCCCUAUUAAUAGAAUGACCCCGACCUGGUCUCAAUAUUCUCCGUUUGAACUUAAAGAUAGGUGUUACUUCGUCUACUUCGCAUUUUUCAUCAUGGGCCUAGGCACACUUCUGCCAUGGAAUUUUUUCAGCAAUGCCGGACGGCACUUCUCAGUGAAUUUUGUAAACAGAUGGGUCUUGAGAUCCGCUCUGAACUUCGUAAGUGAUGGAGAAGUAGUCAGAGAAGUAGGUAGAGAGUUCCAGAGAAAAGGGCCAGAAAAAUCAAAUGCAGAUUUAGCAAGAGAGUGUUUAACACAUGUUAAAAAGAACAUUCGGGUUGGUCAUAGAAUCAUAGUGCCCUUGGUUUUCAUCUUCAUACUCUUCAUGGUAACGACUAUACUUACCGAUUUUGACACUACGAAAUCCUUCGUGGCGAUAUUACAAGGUGGCAUGUUCGGGUUGAUCUCAAAGUUCCCGCCAAAAUAUUCAGCCGCCUAUAUGACUGGUCAAGCAAUGAGCGGACUAUCAGCCACACUGAUAUACAUCGCCAUAGCGCCGCUGGAAGUAACACCGAUGAACAGCGGCUUCAUCUACUUCUCCAAUUACAACAAUGACAACAGUAACAACGACUGUCAUAACAACAAUCAUGACAACAUUAACCACAUCAACAACAGCAACAACAAUAACAACAAUCUUAUCAACACUAACAACAUCAACGAUCGCAACACCAACAACAACAUUAACAAUAACAACAAUCAUAACAACAACAAUAAUCACAACAACAACAACAAUUGUAACAUUAACAACAACAAUCAUAACAAUAAUAACAAUCUUAACAACGACAGUAACAACAAUUCAAAUAUUAACAACAACAAUAAUAAUAAUAAUAAUAAUAAUAAUAAUAAUAAUAUAGCAGCGGCAAAAAUCCAACAACGACAAACAGCAGCAACGGCAGCUACUUCAGCAGCUGCAACUAGGUCGUCAGAAAUUUCCGCGCGGUCAGAUGAGGAAAGCUUCGGUCGGCGAAUUGUCUCGUCUACUUAUUUGAGAAAGAUCACAUCGCUACCUCGUCUAUCAGUUUCGAGAGAAAGAGGCUUGAGGAUACCAGAGAUAUCCGUCAGCUACCACACACUGCCGCUCUGUGUGAGGAUCGCUGAGAUACUGAGGGAGACUGGGGCCUACGUCAUAUGCAUAUGCAUCACGUUCAUUAUAACGUUAUCCGUCUUUCCCGCCAUUAUUUCAUCCAUUCAGUCCACUACAGAUGGCUCAAAAUGGUCGACCGAAUCAAUACUCGUAGAAGAAUGA